UGGAGCUCAGUUGGGGGCUCUGCUGUCAUGGGCACACUGCCAGUGGGAGGGCUCUGAGGCAGCCUACUGCACAUCACCAUGGAGACUGCCCAGCCUGCCAUGCAUACGACAUGGAUCACAUGUGUUGUCAUGGCCACCAGCAGGUAGGAGGGGGUGAGGAACCACACCAUGACACACGCCCUGCCUGAAGGAGCAACCGCUUAAUGAACAGCCCUUUCGUCUCUUUCGGAAAGAUCCAUACGUGUCAAAUCAAAAGUGGGAGGGAGGGGGGGUUGCCAUGGUUACGGGGUGCACACAAAGCGAGUGUGUGGAGUUUUGGCAGGUGCAGGCUGCUGGGGGAGCAGGUCGCAGGGCUGUAUUGUCCCCUGCUGAAUCCAUUCCAGAGGGAUACUGGGAGCAGACCCCUCACGAAUCGGCCCCUGUGCCCUGGUGAGUGGUGCUGGGGGCCCAAAAGCGCCCUGUCACUAUGAUGCCCGAAGGCCAGGGCACUGGAGACGCCCCUCGAAGGCACAGCCCAGUGGGGAUCCACAGAAAAUGGGUGGGAAUUUUGGGAGCCAUUCCUAACCUCAGCAAGCACCUGGCCAUCACCUGCCUGCUCCUCAACAUCUUUCUCCCAGGCACAGGCACCAUGCUGGCUGGCCUGGCUUUGCUCUGCUGUCCCCAGAACACCAGGAAGAGGCGGGGCCAAGAGGCAGACCCACUGGUGCUGGCCUGCAUCAACCUAUGGGUGGGCCUGUCUCAACUCUUCACUGUCACCUUCCUUCUGAUUGGCUGGCUGUGGAGCCUCGUCUGGGGAGUCAUCUUGCUGCAGCAGUCUUAUCACAGCAGCAAAGUCCAGGUUGUUAUUAUCAGCUGAAGUCAUCCAAGAACGCCCUCAAAAAAUGUUUGUGUCCCCCCCCCCCUCCCCUUCCAUGGAGACUCUGACCCAGACUAACCACCCAAGUGACUGUCAGACUCUGCUCUACGGUCUGCUGGGCUGCUCCCCAUGAAUACACCGGGACAUCCCCUCUUUCCAAAACACCCCAUUCUUUCCAAAACACCUCCGCGGAAUCCACCGCCUCUCCGCGUGCUGUGACCCGUCUUUCUGAACUCCUGCACCAAUCGCGCUGGCCCUGAUGGCCCUGUCUGUCUCCACACUGCUGUGGACUGAGGAGAAGCACGCUCUGCUACUCAAUCUAAAGUAAGGCUGGGGUAGGAAGGUAACCCCCCCCCCCAAGGCUCCCAGUGUAAGUCAAGUUUUUCAUCUCAUCUGGGGAAAAGCUGAAAGCUCGGAGGCGGAAUUCUCUCGUUGCAAUCUUCAGCAGCAGGGUGUACCUCGGGCUUGUCUCCUGAAAAUCUCCUGUAGUGCUAUCUGGAAAGUGAAAUAUCUGCAAACUCGGUCAGUACGGACAGAAAGAAUAUUGCUACAGCGGUGCUGUGAGCCAUGGAGGCUGAUAGCUAUGUACUCUGUGAUCUCUGCUUGACAGCUCGCAGCUUUUGCAUCGAGAUUUGAGCGAAAGCUGAUGGGGUUUUUUUUUUGUGUGAUUUAUCUCAGCAGGAAACUCUUUUUUUUUUUUAGUUUUGAAUGAACUUUGAAUCCUGGAUUCUGUGCACAAAGUUUGAAAGAAAAAAAAAACCAUCCAUAUCAGGCAGACAUGGGGCAGAUUGUCUUGCUGAUUUUCACAUAGAUAUAAACAUAUCUCCCCAUUGCUUUGUUACAGUUCUGAAUUUGAAAUAUGUACGCGAACCACUUUGAAUGCUGUUAUCCUCAAACAACACUGUCUCUGUUUCAUCUGAAAUAUGUGUGAGUGUGUGGGCAAGGGUUGAUUCUGGAAACUUACUUGAACUACAUAACAUCAAAACUAGGAAUAACAAGGAAUUGUGUGGAGAUACUCUACAUGGCUAAAAGUGUGUGGAGACCUGGCAUCCAACAUCUCAUCCAAAAUAAUGGCCAUUAACAUGGAGUUGGUCCAUCCUUUGCUGCUAUAGCAACCUUAAUUCUUCUGGGAAGGCUUUAUACUCGAUGUUGGAACAUUGCUGCAGGGAUCUGCUUCCAUUCUUCCAAUAUGUAUUAACUCAUAUAAGGUUACACAGGUUUGUGUAAAUGGUUUUUUUUGUUUUUGUUUCAGUGUGUCCUAGUUCUCUUCCAGUCCAGGGGUCAUGUUAUGUUUGCUGAUUUCUGCACCCACUUAGGUUCUGAAUCGGUUUGAUUGUGCUUUUAAUUGAACAUGUAUAUAUUUAACUUCCUAUAUUUAAAAUGUUAUAAAUUGUUUGUCAAAUAUGUGUUUUGUGGAGUGGUGUCUGCAAGUAAAAUUAGGCUAUUUUGUUUUCUAAGCAACAUAUUUAUGCUUAUAAAUAUUGUCCUUGAACAUUCUUCCCUUUGAGAGAAGUCACCUCUGCUUAUUUAUUUGUCAAAUAAAUUGUUUUUGGCUCCA